GAAGUCAGACGUUUGAACCGGAGCGGCGCCUGAGACUUGUUAUGUUGUUUUGACGUCCAGUUGACGUUUCUUUAAAAAAGUAGUUCAUCAACAGACGCGAAUAUCAAAAACACACUUCAAAGUGUUUUCACGGCCUCAAACGUACCUCAAGACGUGCCUGUUGAGUUAGGCUGCAGCCACAGAGUGUCUUAGAGGACAUCUGAAAAAAUGAAUUCUGGGGAAUCAUUAGGAGCCAUGGAUACUCGUGUGUGCUGGCUGGAUGAGGAAACCUUGCCAGAAAUCACCCUCCUGGAUGCAACUUGUGAUUCAACUCUAUCUGGCAGCGUGCUCGCCACACCUGCAACAGCUCGGUCUGUGAGCAGGAAGUUGACCCCUCUCCGGCCCUCCCAGCUGAAUUCCUCCACCAAUUUAAACUCCACUGUUCAAAUAUCAGGCCCUCAGAAUAACACCUUCGAUCUUCUCCAAUCUAAUGUGAGCAGUCCCAAAGUGGAGACUGAGACUCUCGAUACUAAACCUUCUCAACAGAAUGGCACAAAAGCUUUGUCUGAUAUGAGCUUAAGUGACAGUACAAGUGAUAAAGAAAACAAUUCUGAAGCCCACUCUCCUGAAUUGUCUAAGCAAACAACAAGUUGUAAAACCCCCAAUGCAAAGAUGGAUGACCCCCCUGAGAGUUUGUUUGCUCCUGAGCGCUGGCUGGAUGUCAGAUAUUUCCCAGAAAUUACUCUCCUUGAUGUUACACAUGAUUCAGAGCAGUCACAAGUAGAAGAAUUAUCCUCCAUAGAGGCCAUAAGGGACAUUUCACCAGUUGAUGAUUUGAAAGAAAUGCCUCCCUCAGAGUCCAGUGGACAAAUUGCAGCAGAGCCUGGCAGACCAGACCAGAAUGACGACUUGUCAAGUACUCUUACUGAAAAUGCCACCCACUCCACAAUCUCCUUUAGUGAACAAUCUGAUAAGAGUGUGGGGGGAAACGUGACGCAAACCUUCUUAGAAGCAACUCCAGAUAUUUCUACAGGCAGUGUUUUGGAAAACAGUAGGCCGUCACCAGAGCCCAUUGGACCGACUGUGGAGAAGAUUCAAACAUCAGCCGAGGAAACGCUUGGUACCCGUCCUGCUAAUGUUACUCACGAUAUAAGCUCCUCGAGUGACGUGUCUGCAGCAUCCCAGACCUCUACCUCUGAUAUGCAGUGCAACACUAGUUCAAAGAAUGUCACCGCUGAGCUUCAUGGUGAACCUGUGAUGACUUCUGAUACUGUGGAAAGUAACAAUGAAGAGCCACUCACCAGCAAUGAUGCUGAGUUGACCAGCGAGAUGCCAAAAUCAAGCCCAAAACCAGACGUGUCUUUGAACCGCACAUUUACCUCCCUGCAGCCCCCCCACUUGAGUUCCUCCACCGAUUUAAACACCACUACUCCAAUAUCUGGGCCUCAAAAUACGACAGUGGAUCUUCCUUCAUCUGGUGUAAACUGUUCCAAACCAGAGAGUGAGGCAAAUGAUCAGGCUACUUCAGUAUCUAUAAACACCACUUUUGAGCCUAAAUCUUCGAAGCAGAACGGCACAAUAACUCUUUCAGAAACAAGCUCCAAUGUCAAUUGGCAGAACACUUUUGACAAGCUCUCUCCUCCUAAGGGCUGUAAUGCAACAAGUAGCCCCAAAGAAAACAAUUCUGAAGUCCACCCGCCUGAACUGAUAAAACAUAAUGAGACAAACGAUAGUACAGAUUCUGACACCAAGAGGGUUGACACCCCUGAGAGCACGUUUGAAGCUCAGCCAGCUGCGGAGGUGGCUUCUGCAGUUGCCCAGCAUGAGAUUAACGAUCAUUCACGAUCAGAUGUACCGAUGACAGAUGGUCUUCCUGACACUUUGGGCCAUCAAAGCAUGGAUAGGCAGGGCAACAAAAGAGAGACAAUCAAUUGGGAUUCGGACUGUCUCAUCACUUCAACACCAAUGCCUAACUGUAAAUUGUUUAAGCUAAACACUGAACGAGACCAGGGCAAAGCUAUAGGCACACAGAAAAAACUGUAUGGGGAUGGUCCCAGUAAGACAGAUACUCAGGUGCCAUCAGACGUCCCAUCAAACAUCAUAAGUGAACGGAAAACAUCAUUUGCGCAUCCAGCUGCUAAAUCCCUUGUGCCUCCUUCGAAACUUGCACCGCAGCUGUUUAAACACAAGCCAGCCUCCGCAAUCCCAGGAAGGUCUGAGGCAACAUCAGGCUUGCCCAUGACGAGACAACGAACCCAGGCAGAAGCUUUGAGGACUGCUGCUGGUUCUGAUGCACCCCAGGCGACGACAGGAAUAUCAAGCUCCUACAAGUUACGUCCUUCAACAACACAAGGAUGCAAGCUGCCCAGUUCGGGCUUGCAGAGACCACAGGCAAGUGGCUUACCUUCAGGCAUCCAGAGAGCAGCGACACGUCUCAGGCCGCCAUCAGCGAGAAGCAACGCAGCAGCUUCCUCAAGCACUAACAAACUCCGUGGACCUACAGCUACUAACCCUGUGACAAAGACUUCACAAGCAAAGAGGCAACCUUUAACCAGAGGUGAAGCUUUACCAAUAGCAAAGAGGAAGAAAAUGGAUGCUCCCUCACCGUCCCGUAGUGCUGAAGCCUCAACAUCGUCCUUACCUGCUGCCAACGGAGCCAGAAACCUCAAACAGCCUACAACCUGCAAUAGAGCUUUGCCAGCUAAAACCCAAAAAGAUGUUUCAGAUGCUGCAGUGCCAGCUAGCUCUGCUGCUGAAAUCUCAACAUCUUCAUGUGAUCGUGUUAGCAGAGCCAGAGCCCUGAAACAGCCUGCGAGCAGCCAUAGAGGUCUGCCACCUAAACCCAAAGGCCACGGUUGCGCAAACUGUGCCGUGCUUGAAAAGCAACUCAACAUGCAAGCAGAAGAAAUAAGGGAACUGAAAGAACUGCUGAAGAAAAGUAAAGAGCAAGAAUGCUGAUCUUAAUCGCAUCAUAUUCACUUUUUAACCACUUAUUGUAAAUAUUAUAUAUGCAAUACUAAUCCUAAUUAUAUUAAUUGACAACGGGCAAAUUAAGAUACUAUUUGUGUUUAAAGUUCAUGCCCUCUAAUAUGGAGUUUCACAUUUUGAAAAUAUGAUGUUUUUAUGAUGAAAUAUAAACCUAUUGUUCCACUUCUUACUCUGAGAGGCUCAAUGUGGUUUUAAGUGUGCAUGGAUUAUCUGUGAUAUCCGAAAUAAAUAUGGUGUGGAUU